AUGAAGCUAGCAGUAACAGGUUGCAACGGCUCAGUCGGCUCGCGCGUCGUCCUGGCUGCCCUGGAGCAGGGACACACCGUCGUCGGAAUCGACUCGGCGCAGCUCCCUGACGUCCUCAAGAAUCUCCCUGAGGACCAAGCACCACGGUUCAAAUUCCACGAAGCGGACCUGCGGGACUACGACAUCGCCACGGACUUGCUGCGGGGAUGUGAAGGAAUCGUCCACCUGGCCGCGAUGAGGAACCCUGGAGACUACCAUGUCGCAGCACACAACACGAACGUCGUGCUCUCGUGGAACAUCCUUCGAGCAGCAGCAGAGCUCGGGAUCAACCGCGUCGCGCAGGCGUCCUCUGUGAACGUCAUCCCUCUCGUCUGGACGGACCUCAAGGACUUUGAGUAUUUCCCGCUUGACGAGGACCACCCGACGCGCGUGGACGAGCCGUACGGCCUCUCCAAACUCAUCUGUGAGCUUCAGGCCGACACGAUCGUCCGCCGUUAUCCCUCUAUACGCAUUGCCAGCCUACGCCUGAGCUGGUCGCUCCCGCGACGAGAAUACGCGCUACGCAGCGACCCCGAGCGGCGCAAGAAUGACCUCUGGGGCUACGUCCAGGAGGAUUCGGCCGCAGAGGCGUUCCUGCUUGCCGUGGCAGGGGAGAACGGGAAAUGGAGCGGACAUGAGCGGUUCUUUAUCACGGCGUCGGACACAGCGAGCGAUGUGCCGACGAUGGAACUGUACGAGCGGUACUGGAAGAAUGUGCCGAUCAAGGAGGGGAAGGAUUUGAGUGGGCGGAAGGGGUUCUUCGACUGUUCGAAGGCGGAGAGGUUGUUGGGGUGGGUACAUAAGAACCCUGGGGAGUAG